AUGAUUUGUGGGUGUCAUUGGCUCGCCUCGCCUGUAAUCAACGAUUCAUCGAGUUCGGUUGGGUCUCAAUUUCCUGGGUGCUUAGUCCCUUGUGAAGAAGACAACCAUUGUUGGGUGGAUUCGGCCCUUAGCUUAGCCAUCCUCUUUGUGGAUAUCCCAACAUACGAGGCCCAGUCAACACAAGCCCAAUCUGGAAGGGCCAGCUCAGAACAUGACUCCAACAGUCGGUCCACUACGGACGGUUCACACAAUGUCCUUAGGCCGGUAAAGACUGAUUCGUCGGGUUUAGCACCUUAUCGUUCCAGUUCAGGCCCACAGUUUCGGUUCAUCCUCUAUCCGUCCAACACAACUUCGGUUCUGGUCUUCCCAACCUUAACCAACCCCGAUUUAGCUUCUGGACCACUCUGCCAGUCUAGUUCAGGCCUUCCUACACUUGUUCUGCUCCAAUUCUGUCUUGCUUACAGUUCUGCUUUCUUUUCUAUGGGCAUGGACUCUAAAACUGAUUCUCCAGCACCUCUUUCACAAACUUCUUCAACCUAA